ACAUCAGUCUAUAAGGGCUUUUUAUUUUACUGUAGAUCAGUGGAAUAAACAGCCGAAAUGAUAUCAACAUACCAUUCGAUUAAAUCAAAUGUAGUUUAUCAUGAGAAAUACAUGUCUAAUGCAACAACAACGAAACACAUGUAAAAGCAACCCUUCUAGAAAAGUGAAGAAUAUUCUAAACAUGUCUCUUUGACACCUGGCGGAUGGAAGGUGCAACAACAGAAUCAGCAGCAGACGUUUCCUUACAGCCGCAAUCUACGAGCCACCAGAGGCAAAGAGGAGUGACUUGCACAGUUUUGAAAGCAAGCAGGGAAAAUGGCAGACGGCGAGGACGAGAAGCUACCGUCCGGGUGGGAAAAGCGGAUGAGCCGCAGUUCCAGUGAUGGGAGUGGCGAGCCAGACAAGGUGCGUUGUUCCCACCUCCUGGUGAUGCACAGCCAAUCGCGUCGCCCGUCCUCCUGGAGGGAGGAGAACAUCACACGCUCCAAAGAGGAGGCCCUCGACCUCAUACAAAAGUACAUAGAGCAGAUGCAGUCAGGAGAGGAGGAGUUUGAGGCUCUGGCCUCUCAGUUCAGUGACUGCAGCUCCGCACGCAACGGAGGAGACCUGGGACUGUUCGGCAGAGGUCAGAUGCAGAAGCCGUUUGAGGAUGCGUCCUUCGCUCUGAAGGUGGGAGACAUGAGUGGUCCGGUGUUCACCGAUUCUGGAGUUCACGUCAUCCUUCGCACGGGAUAGAGACAAGGCUCUGAUACCCCCAUCACCCCCUGAAUACUCCCUGAAUACCCCCUGAAUACCCCCAUCACCCCCUGAAUACCCCCAUCACCCCCUGAAUACCCCCAUCACCCCUGAAUACCCCCAUCACCCCUGAAU